UUGACAAAAUAGAUCAAAGUGAUUUUAAAUAAUAUAGAAGGCAAAAGCACUAGAAAAAUCAAACCAAUAAGUUUCCAAACAAUGCAAACUGAAAUACCACAAAUACUGCUCAGGGUAGCAGGCCCAUUGUUACAGCUGUCAUAGACAAGACAGAGGCUUCAGCAAGGCUAAAAAGUGAUGUUUCUCUGGUGAUGAACUGUUAUUGCCAAUAUUUACUAGUUCAGGGUACAAAGAUGGGUUUGAAGGCCUGUAAGUUUACUGCAAGUCAAAGGUGGUUGCUGUCUGGAAAACUCUAGACAGCCAGAUUCUGGCUCCACUUUUAUGUAUUUAGUUACAAUAAAGGGGUUGUAUUCAAAAAACUUUAUUCUUAAUUUUAAAGAGCAUAAUUUACCCAUAUCACUAUUUCAGGAAUAAUCUUAGAAGUUAGACAUCUUAUUGCAAAUGCUACUAAGUCUUCCACACCUCAUCCAUUGAGUCAAUGUACUGGGACAGGGUUUCUAGCAUCUCCAAUUUAUCAGGAUAGGAGUGACAAUUGCAGUGAUUUAGCAAGGUAAUAAAAUGAAAUUAUACCAGCAAUUAUUUGUGGACCCAGUGUGCUCUCCUAGCUGCCUGCAGAUUGCUCUUCUCAGUUCUUCCUGCACAGUCCAAGAGCAAGUCUGAAUAGGUUCUCAGCUUUCAGUUAAUGGUCUAUCAAAAUUAGUGUUCAGAGGUUGCAGCUUAUAGCAAGCACAUUUAUAGUCAUAUGAGAAGUGUGUGGCUUUAUGGGAGCUCUCUAUUUGGAAUUGUGUCUGUCUUCAAAAAGACAUGUACACAGCACAAAAGAUGAAAAUGGAAGAACUCUGCUGUGUCCUUCUUGCUAAUCUGGGUUCACUUGGGUGAGAUGAGUUUAACCAUUUUGUGUUAAGAAUGCUGAAUAUCAUAUGUCAUAAAGGGAAAUUACAGGAAACUACACUCUAUAAGAAUAACUCAAACCUUUACACUUCAUACUUUGGGCUUUCUUUUCAGUGAUUUGAGCACUUUUAUUUGGAAGGGAAAAAAUGUUAUAAUUGCCAGUAGCUUUCUGACCUGACUUUGUACAAAAUGGACUUGAAGCUCUACGAGGAAGGUGCUAAACAUUCUAAGCAGCUUUUUGUGUGUUAAAAUUUUGACCAUAGGCUGGUGAAUUUUUGCCUUCAUGCACGGAGAAAAAAAAUUUCAAUCCUUGGAUCUGUAAGGUAUCCAAUUUCUGUAGAGAAGAAAGCGUUACUUCCCCUUUAAGCCUGGCGCCGUUCGUGUGUGUGAGCGUGCGGACUGUGUGUGUGAGUGUGUGUGUGUGUCUCCUCCUCUUUGAGUGACACAGCACUUAGAUAUGCCUAUCAGUAACUUAAACCCCACAAACUCCACCUUCUAAGUGAGGAAGCUGUGGGUUGAUGGAAAUGUAGUGAGCAGAUCGAGACAGACAGUGAAUCAUUAGCAAACUGCAACGCCAGGAUGAACUUGUCUGGAACCUAAAAGGAGAAAAGAGGCUGCGAGUCCUCUGCGGCGCUGGGCUUGCUCAAUACAGCCAAAGUGGAUCUAAAAGCCGGUUGAUCCCCAGUCCAAGAUGCUGCUGGUUUCCCAGCGGGUAGAAGCACCACGGAUGGAGCCGCAUAUUCCACCAUGUGCUUGGUUAUUUUGGGAACCUGAAGCGCAUGUUCGAUAAGGCAGGAUUGUGAACAAAAGGCUCGUCCGAGCCCCGAAGGAGCCCUGGGUUAUUCCUGACGGGCGCGUGGAGCGCGACGCUGAGCCCCGAGCUGCGGGAGCGCGUGUGCGGAAACAGACCCGAGUGCGGGCGCUGCUGCUGGCGCGGCGGCUUCGCCGCUCGUUGCUGGACCGUCCGUGUAUUCGGAACAGAACGCGUGAACAAAACGCGUGCUGACUCACGCUUUAAACUGUUUUGGUUUCUUAUGCUGUGGUUAAGAUUGGGGUUCAGAGCAAUGGCAGGGUAAACACGGCGCUCGCUGGCUCGGUACCACGUCCUCCCCACCCAAAGUAGGGGGUGCCCCUCUCCCCGUCAAUAGCCGAUCCCUCCUCCGACGCCUCUCUCGGCCUGUUGCUCGGCCCGGAGGAGCGCCGGGGCCGGGGGCACCGCGGCUUUUGUUCGUCUUUGGCUGGAGGGGGGUUGUCACCAGGGUGACUCGGAGGGAUCCCGGGGAGAACGGCCGUUUCUGGGAAGAAAGCGGGCUUUGAUUUCCUUUCACGUUGCCCCUCCUCCGGCCUCCCCCCGGAACAAUAAAUUAAAAGACCGCUUUUGUUUUCCACGGUGCUCCCGGCGGGGGGGGCGGCGGAGGCCGGGGAGCGGCGGGGGAGGCGCCGCGGAGCCGCGGCCUGGUGCGAUCGGGCGGGCAGGUCCCCGGUGCGGCGUGCGGGGGACGCGCGGCCGUCUCGCCUCGUCCCGUCGGAAGCCGAUAAACCCCGAGGACCGGCCGGUUGCGAAGAGCCUCCUGGAAGAGCUUUCCUCCGCCGCCUCCUCCUGGGGCAGCGGGGGGCACCUCGCGGUCCCUCCCCCGCCGCGCCAGCGGGGGGAUUAACUGCGUCUGGCCCGUUCCGCGGGCCGGGGGCGGAGGCGCCGGGCUGCCACCCCCCCCUCCCCACCGCGCCGUGCGGCCGCCCCGGCUGGGGCGGAGGGCGGGCUGUGGGGAGCUCCGGGAGGGCGGAACGCUCCCCCGGUUAUAUAACGCGAGUCUUUCCCCUACGUAGCCCCGUAAUCCCCGGGUAAUGCCUAAUGCCGGUGACCCGGGGGCCUAUGGGGCAGGAGGUGGCUGCUGCUCCUGGAGCUCCCCCUCUGGGCCGAGCUGUUGGGGAAAUAAAGCUGCUGAUGUGCAGCAUGGACCAUAUGGUGCCUCCGGGAGGCAGGGCGCCAGAACGGCCUUGAACCUGCCGGUCCCGGCAGCUGAGUGCUGCCCCCCACACCCCGGGAUCCCCCGGCGCAGCCGCACCCCCAGAGGGCUACCCGGGACGUGCCCUCCUGUUGGCGGGGAGGAGCUGCGUGCUGGGAGAGAAGCGGCGGCCGAAGGCACAGAAAAUUUCCGGGGGGGAACCCUCGCCCGGCGAGAGGAGGGAAGCCCCCGCGCAUGGAGGGGGCUCUUCCCUGCGGCCGCGCUCGCCGAGUGCAAGGCAGCGAGAGCAGUUUGAUUACAGGGAUCCAUUAAAAGAAAACUGGAAGAUGAUAGCUCUCCUGCCUCCAGUGGCGUGCCUGAUGUCACUUUCCCAAAUGACAGUAAAAGAGUUUGUCUUGACAGUGUAAACCUUGCCAUGAGCCAAGGUGCCAAUCCCAGCAUGGCAUGCCCAGAAAUGCAAAGUUCUCCAUUCUCCACUGGUCACAGCGCUUCUUCCCUGGGAGUCACAGGGCACCCAGUGCUCCUCGAAAACAAUCACAUGAAUGGUGGUGGCACUGGCUCCCCGUUCUUAGUGCCACCCAACACAGAAAUAAAUCAGAAGGGGUCAAUAGAAGGGCAAACCAACAACAUCGUCCAUUAUGAUGAGAAAGGAAACAGCUUACAGUCUGUGGACCAAGAGCUGCAAGAUCUAUUGGAAGAGCUGACCAAAAUGCCUGAUCCAUCUCCCAAUGACCUGGAUCUGGAGAAGAUUUUGUGCAGCAAGGCUGAAGAUCCACUUGGUCUAAGUCAUUCCCAACCAAACAUAAGUACUACUUCAAAGUCCUCCCCGCAGACUUCCCACUUGGAGAACCAUGUUGCUAACAAAGAUUUUUCUCCAGGCUGCAAUCCAGCCAGUGGAGGAUCCCCUCAGAUGAGACCGUCAUCUGCUGGAGCUAACUUCCAAGUUCCUCCCUCAAACAAACCUGCUGCAUCACCCAUCUCUACAGCAGCUCAAAACAAAAACCAGCCACCACCGAUGCUCCCAGUACCCUUGCCCAACAUGCCUGGCUCCAACUGGCAUGCUCAGCAGCUAAAGCAGCUGGCAGCCAGCAAACAGGUGUCUGGUACCAAGCAACAAGUACAGGCUCCCAGCUGGCCUACUAUGUCUCCUCCUGGUCUCUCUCCACCUUACAGGGCGGGAUCAUCCCCACACCAUCAACCUUUCAGUCCUCAAAAUGUUAUGGUGUCUGGCAUGCCUGCUAAUAAUUUACCGGGAAACAACAUUCAGAGUCCUCAAAACACUCUGCUUUCAAGCAUGACUUCCAGCAGCACCCCAUCCAAUGGCCCCUCUCCCCCUUAUGGCUCUGAGAAGCUCUCCAGUCCAGCUCUGAGCCAGCAGCCCUUCAGCCCUCAGAGCUCCAUGCUGCCUGCUCUGACAGCAGCCAGUUUGCCAGCCAGCAGCAUUAAAAGUCCACAGAACAACUUGGUUGCCAGCAUGCCCUCCACAAAUACUGGACCUUCUCCAAUGUACAGGCCAGAAAAGCUCUCAAGCCCUGCUCUGCAUCAGCAGCCCUUCAGUCCUCAAGGUACAUUAAUCUCUAGCAUCACUCCCACCAGCAACCCCACGAGUAUGCAGAACUCGCUUUUUAAAUCAAUGAGUACAAACCAGACCAAAAAUAUGAACAUAAUUAUGCAACAGCCAUCCAGUAGCUUACAGCCAGGUUUGGUGAAUGAGAGCCCUGUUAGCCAAGACCAGUUUUCUUUCAACAACACCAAACCACUGUCUCACUUUGCCUCAGAGCCAGCUACUCAAAAAAUGUCUCCUCUGACAGCAGGACAAGGACAGCAGUCCCUCAUUCACUAUCUCCAGCAGCAGCAACAGCAGCAGCAGCAGCAGCAGCAGCAGCAGCAGCAGCAGCAGUCUCCAGCCACACAGCAGUCUCCAGCCACACAGCAGUCCCAGCAGACCAACAACAGCCAGUUUCUUCAGCAGCAGUUCCGACAACUAAUGCAGCCACAUCGGAUGCAGAGACAGAUGCAGGCUGGCUCACUGCCAUCUCAAAGCAGACAGGAUCAAAAUCCUGGAAUUGUUGCCAGAUUGCAGGAGCCAGGCUCCAUCCCAAGUGGCGGCUCUGUGCCGGCACCAGCCACGGUCAAUGGGUACACGAUGAGGAACCACUUACUGAAGCAGCAGAUAAUGAAACGGCAGCUGAUGCAGGAAAAGCAGAGACAAAACAUGCUGGGAGUAACAUCUGAACAGAGGAGCUUGUUUGCGGCUCAGCAGUUUCAAGCUGUGCAGCAGCCCAUUGCUGCUGACUGCAACCAGAUGAUCCCAGCUCCUCCGCCCAACCAUCGCAUGCUGCCGUCAAACCCAGCCAUGCUCCAGAGCACUUUGGGCUCUGGCAUGGCCUCAGCCACUGCCAGCCAGAGCAGCGGGACAAUGGUGAUGAUUCCACACAACCCUGGCAAGCAGCAGGGGAUUUUUCCCCCUAAUUCUGACUUUAACAUCCCACUACGGCCGAGCCAGAACUCACUAGGCAUGAACUCGGGGUGCCAAACUGUUCACAGCCACUCCACUGUGAGGCCGGGAAUGCCAAUGGGAGUCUUCAGUUCUGGCUCCUUAGCAAAUCACUCCACGACACAGCAACACAUGAGGCAGCCGAGUGUGCCAAGAAUCCCCAAUGUCUACCCCAAUUCAUCUGCCCAGAUGUGGACACCGACUACUGUGCCAAGAAUGCCAAAUCAAAGCCAAAUGGAUACCAGCAUGCAGCAGUUUUCUGGGAACACGGUGUUCUCCAAACAGAGCGUGAGGCCAAGCACACCGGGUCAGGCAUUCUCCCAGCAGGCAGUGGUGCCACCAAAUCAGAUCGCUCCUGGCAUCCAGGUCAGGCAGAUGCAGAAACUGAACAUGGGACAGUCUGGCCAGGGCUUAAGCUUAAUGAGUAAUCAGAACUUGAGACACAAUUUAACCAGGGGACCGUUGCCAGCUAUGAAUGUUAUGAAAUCAGUGCCCCAAGGCGUGUCCAGUUUUAACCACCUCAAUCCUGCCCCAGGCCUCAGCCCACCAAGCUACCCUUCUACUGGUCAGCCUGACACCUUCAGCAGGAUGAUUGCCGCCGCUGAUCUGCCCCAAUAUGACUUGGUGUCCCAGCACAGCAAUUCCGUCAUGCCUGCCAACUGCAGCGACACUGACUUCCUUGACUCCCUCAUGAAGAACAGCAGCAGCAACGAUGAAGAGUGGUUGAACAAUCUGACAAUGAUAGAUGACAUUUUGGGACAGCACGCUCAAAGCUCUGGACACGUUUAGCUUGGAGAGAAGCAGCCUCAUUGCAAAUAACACACUAUGGCUUUGAACAGAAUGGACGACCCGUGAAAGCCACUGCCUUGUUCAAUACAGAGGGAAUAGACUCAGGCAAUUCUUUGCCUGCAUCAAAGUUUAAUAUUGGCAGUUUUUCAGAUGAUUGUAUAUAUUUGAAUAUUUUGUAAAUUAUGUUUUCCUAAACCUUAAAUGUAGAAGUAUUUAUACUUCCUUGCGGGACUCUUUGUAAAUAAAUCCAUAGCAUAACUUUUGGUUUUAUUAUAGGGAUUUCAUUAUACCUUGUUAUAAAUAUGCAAAUAAUAUUGUUAGUUUCAGUAAUACUGUGUAUUACAGCAUAAAAUACUUAUGUUUUUGACAUAACUUAACACAUGAUCUAGAGGUGUCAUUCCAACCAGACUAAGCAGAAAUCAAAUGUGGCAUCUAUUCUCCCAUAUCAAGAGGAAAGAUUGAAAAGUUGCAUUAAAAAAACAAUUAAAUCCCUAAAAGGGGCUGCUGAUUCCCUUGUCGCUUAGUCUUGCAGACCAAACCUGGUACAUCAGUCCCAUCCAGGCAUUCAGUGCAUUGAGGGAUCUGGUUUCAGAGAUCCAUUUGCCAGAUCCAGGGCAUGUUUUAAGCUUGAUACACUCCAGUAGGUCACUGUGCCACUGACAACGUGCCAGCACUGUACUGCAGGGAGUGUGUGCUUGUGACCUUCCAGCUGCUGAUGGGUGUGUGCCUGGGGUCGCAGGCUCAGCAUGGUGUGGCCCAUGAUGGCCACACUGAACAGGAGGUGCUGGGCAGGUGCUGCCCAGCCUCCAGCCACUGAACCCUUCAGCAAAAAGGUAGCUCUGGUUUGUGCACCUCUACCAUGUAUAUUUGUAGUGUACAGGUGGUUUAUUCCUGGUUUUAAGGCUUUUCAUAAUUUCUGUUUUAAUGUAAGACUUUUUUCAGGGGAAAAGUCUACAAACAUUAAUAGUUAAUUUUUGAUGUUUUCCUGUCAGCUACUACUGUCCUCUGUAUAUUUAAGAGUCUGUUUAUGAAAGAUUCGCUGUACUGUAAACUUCUUAAAAUGUUCUUCAUACUUUGUGUAAUCAUAUUUUAAUAGUCAUGUCAUACUUCACAAUACAUUUGUAAUAUAACGUCAGCUUCAAGCACAGAAUGUUUUUUUCUUCAUACCAUAAUAAACUGCCAGGGGAAAAUUGCA